AUGGCGGUCACAAAAGACGAAGCUGCAACCACCGGAACAGGUGGUGCUCAACCUCCGAAUCCCAUUCACAAUGGUAGCCCAAAUCCAAAUGCAAAUCCAAAUUCAAAUUCCAAUCCUAAGCCUAGCACUAACCCUAACCCGAGUCAUACCACAAGAGGACCCAUAAGAAAAUCGUGCAGGGGAGUCACCUACUACUCAAUGCUUGGGAAAACCAAAUCCAAAAGCCCAAAAUGCGUUGGAAUCUCCAAAACACCACAGCAAGUAUCUGUCAGCAGUCUUACAAAUUUCAAGUAUGCCUGUAUUGGAUUCUCUGUCUACAUAGACGACAAAGAUUCUCCAGCUGACUCGCAGGAUAAAAGAACAAAAUUGCCUUUUUGCAUCGGUCUUGAGGUGAUGAUAUCGGACAGAAAAUAUUACUCUAAAGAUAAGCAUGAUACUCCUCAACAUCAAAGAAGCAUCCAUCAAAAUCAGGCAACAAAGUUCUUGACUGGGCAAGUGGAAGUUCUUAGCAUACACGAGUUAACUUUUACGUUUGUGCCUUCUGGCUACAGGAAUACUUGGGAUGUAGUCUUAACUAUCUAA